AUGGCAAGUAGCAGCAAUUCCUCGGGUGUGACACAACCACUCAUUCCCAUCUUCACGGGAGAAAGUUACGAAUUCUGGAGUAUUCGUAGGAGAACUAUACUCAAAUCCCAAAAUCUUUGGGACUUGGUAGAAAUUGGAUUUGCAGAUCCCGACGAAGGAGAUAGACUGACAAGCAAAAAGAUGCUAAGGCGCUGGUCAACCACGUCAAAGCAGGCUUGGUCCAUUCUGCAGAAGGAGUUUCCAGGUGAUUCAAAGGUCAUUGUGGUGAAACUUCAAUCACUUCAGCGUGACUUUGAAACCUUGAUGAUGAAAAGUGGAGAAUCUAUUGCUGAUUUUUUGUCCAAAGCAGUGGCAAUUGUUAGCAAAAUGCGAUCCUAUGGAGAGAAAGUUACUGACCAGACCAUUGUGGAAAAGAUACUGCGAAGCUUGACUCUAAAAUUUGAUCAUGUAGUUGCUGGGAUUGAAGAGUCUAAGGAUCUUUCAGUAUUUUUCUUUGAUGAAUUGAUGGGAUCUCUUCAAGCUCAUGAGGCGAGACUCAAUCGAUCUACUGAAAAGAAUGGAGAAGGCAUUCCAGCAAGCAGAGGCCGAGGAAGAACAGGAUUCCGCAGUGGUCGUGGUCAUGGUUAUGGACGAGGCAGAGGAAGGAAUGACGAGCACAAGCAGUCCAAUGAGCAAAGUAACCGGAAAAAUGGCAUUCAAUGUCAUCAUUGUCAGCGCUACGGGCAUAUAAGGGCUGACUGCUGGUAUAAAGACCAGAAAAUAAACUUUGCGGCAGGAGAAAAUGAGGAAGAGAAUUAUCUCUUUGCUUGCGUUGAUACAGAUCAUAAGCCAAGUGAUUUAUGGUUUGUAGAUAGUGGUUGUUCAAAUCAUAUGACGGGCACCAAAUCUAUGUUCCAAGAGUUUGAUGAGAAGCAAAGGAAGAAGGUGUAA